AUGAGGCAGAGGAGAUGGAUUAAACUUCUGAAGGAUUAUGAUUUUGGUUUGAGUUACCAUCAUGUUAAAGCCAAUGUCGUAGUUGGUGAUUUGAGUAGAAAGUUAUUUUGCAUGUCAAUGCUUAUGGUUCGAGAAUUGGAGUUAAUCGAGCAAUUCAGAGACUUGAGUCUGUUUUGUGAAAGGACUCAAAAUAGUGUGAAGUUGGGUAUGUUAAAGCUGACCGGUGGUAUUCUCGAAGAAAUCAAAGAGGGUCAGAAAUCAUAUUUUGGAUUGAUUCAAAAAUCAUAUUUCAUAAUAGAUGAGAAUGGUGUUAUGAGUUUCAGUGGCAGAGUUUGUGUACUUGAUAUGCCAGAACUUAAGAAGAGUAUUCUUGAAGAAGGUCACAGAAGUAGUUUGAGUAUUCAUCUUGGUACUGCAAAAAUAGUGUUGAACUUGAUCUAUUAUGCACUCUUUCUUACCAUUCUUGUAAACGUCAAUGCUUCAAUUCAUCACUACAACAACGAACCCUUCACUCACCGUUCCAACGCUUUCUUCUUCCACGCCGGAACAGAAGCUAUCUUCUCCUCUUCUUCGUCUUUCAUCAGGUUCGAAACAGUGUCGUUCAACAGACCCAGAGAAUCUGCUAUCUCCUAUGGCCAAAUGCAAACCCAUACUGGUCUUGUUGAAGCAAUUAUUCUUGAAGUUAAAGACAGAAACAGAAUCGGUGGGUUCUAUUUUAAUCCCAAGUCUGAUUUAAUUUGUUGUACCCCUGAUCUUGCUAAAGAAUAUAACUGUAAUGUUGGUGAAGUUAUCAUUCAUAAUAAUCCUGAUAAUCCUGACUUUCCCAAACGGAUCAAAACCUUCUUCCGAGGAAUCAGUGAAGUUGCUCAUAUGGAUCUUCAAACUGUUGAAAUCAAUGCUACUGGGAUGUAUUAUCUUUACUUCAUGUUUUGUGAUCCUAACCUGAAAGGGACUACUGUUACAGGAAAAACUGUAUGGAGAAAUCCUAAUGGUUAUCUUCCUGGUAAAAUGGCACCUCUUAUGACCCUUUACGGUUUCAUGUCUUUGGCUUAUCUGUUACUUGGUCUUCUAUGGUUUUUGAGGUUUCUUCAGUUUUGGAAAGAGAAGGAUAUUAUUCAUGUUCACCUUCACUACCACAUUACUGCUGUUAUUGCUCUUGGAAUGUGUGAGAUGGCUUUAUGGUAUUUUGAGUAUGCCAAUUUCAAUGUUACUGGUAGUAGGCCUAUGGGAAUUACCAUAUGGGCGGUUACUUUCACCUCUGUUAAGAAGACACUUUCGAGGCUGCUUCUGCUUGUUGUAUCUAUGGGAUAUGGUGUUGUUCGUGCUACACUUGGCGCGCAAGGGGUUGCCCAUAGAGUUGUGCUUCUUGAGGUGAUGUACUUUGUUGCAUGUGAAACGUUUGAGCUUGUUGAGCAUUUGGGGAACAUCAAUGACUUCUCUGGGAAAUCUAAGUUGCUGUUGGUACUCCCUGUUGUUUGCCUUGACUCAUGCUUCAUUCUAUGGAUCUUCUCUUCCUUGUCUAAAACCUUGGAGAAACUGCAGACAAGGAGAAACUUAGCUAAGCUGGAGAUCUACAGAAAAUUUACAAAUACCCUGGCAGUGUCUGUGCUACUGUCCAUUGCAUGGAUUGGCUUUGAGCUGUACUUCAAUGCAACUGAUCCUCUAAGUGAGCUGUGGCAAAUUGCUUGGAUUAUUCCCGCCUUUUGGUCCCUGCUUUCAUAUACUCUCUUGCUGGUGAUAUGUGUACUUUGGGCUCCUUCUCGUAACCCUACUAGGUACGUCCUUUCAUGA